CCCCUCUCAUCCGCUUCCUUUUUCAUCCACUCAUCACCUCCAAAUAUCUAACCACUCCCUUUCUCGCGCACCCAUUCUCGAAGAAAUCUAGCAACAAUGCUCAAGCACUGCGAUACAGACAUAAAUCGUCUGGAUGAGCUGCGUCUCCAGCGCGAGCUCAAAGAAGUAAUUCUUGAGUACGUUCACAUCCUCUACACUGCGAAACACCACUCCAACCACGGAUUCGCAAUCUUGGUCUGCCGUCACGAUUUCGAGCGCGAGCAGGUGGUCUCGAAGCACAGCCGCGAUAAAGAGUACCUUACCAUCCGGGCUAUUGUAUACACGGAGCCAGGACGGCGCAGCUUUCAACUUCUUGCACAGAGUAGCAAAGGCCAUUUUGGUAUUAUACCUGCGUUGCAAGAGUUUACAAAGGAACUGGAGCGUGAAAUGGGGGACAUGACGGCUACGCUGAGUCUUGGACAGAAGAGGAAAACGGGUGGUGAGAGUAGGCUGGAGGAGGGAGGACGGGAGGAGAGAAGGAGGCGGCUGGUCUGAAGGGGGUGGUGUGUCGAGUUUGAAGGAAAAUCAUGGGUACAGCAAUACAAUGAGCAAGGAGAUGUUACCACUCGCAAAAUCUCGAGACCACCCCAAAGCAAUAGUUAGCCUACAUUUGAGUAUAUAACGUAGAGGGCAGCAGAAAGGCCCGUUAUUGGGCAUCUUCAGUUCUUGUCAGGCAUCACUCGUUCCCGC